UCUUGCUCUCGUCGGUCCCUCACUUUCUCCCCUACCUGGGACAGGAAGGCUGGUCUGUGACCAUCCCUAUUUCCCAUCUGGCUUUCCAGCAGCUCCCUCCCCUCUGAGGAUUAGGCACCAGGGACCCCCCAGCCAUGGUGCUUAUCCGGAUAGCAAGCGUCAUCCUGGCUCUGCUCAGCUUGGUACUGCUGCUGGUGGCCCUGGUCUCAGACAACUGGGUGAAGGUUAAUGAAGAAGAGGAGAGUCAUCUUGGGCUGUGGAAGAUCUGUGUGUCGCAGAUUUGCAUCUUGCAUCUAACCAGAGUACCAGGUUUCUUCCACACCAGCAGGUUUUUCAUGAUCCUGGCCAUGUUUGCCGGGUUUCUCUCCUUCUUCGCUCUCAUCGCCUCCUUCUUUUGCUCCCACUUUCGCUCCGUGUCUCUUCUCCUGGUCUCCACCGUGGGCAGCUUCAGUGCAGGUGUCUGCGCCAUUAUCGCGCUGGCCGUGUUCACCAAUGGUGAUUGCCAGCUCAUCAUGCCAGGAAUCCUCUCCUACGGUUGGUCCUACGGCCUGGGCUGGCUGUCCUUCUUCCUGUAUCUUGGAACUGGUGCGGUAACGCUGCUCACCCCGGGAUCCUCUUACAGUCGAGUGUGAGGCCCACACUACCCCCUAGGGAUGGAGCUGGGAGCUGGCAGGGCUGGAUGGAGCCUGCAGCGUCUUGGGGACGAACCCCGAGCAGGGUGUGUGAACUUGUGUGU